UCCUAUUUCUACCGAGGGUUAUCGCAAGUUCACCAUUACCGUGUUUACAGAACCUAUAUCAAUAGAAAUUCAUGAUGAAACAUAUCACUGCGAUCGAGUAAAACAGAAUUCUUAUUUAGUUAUAUUUUUGUUGUCAUACCAAUAACUUCGAGAAAUCUUGAGAGAUGUCAGAGGGUGAAUGUGUAAGUGCUAAAGCAUCAGGUUGCGAUUGUGGAGGAACAUGCGAAAAUGUUGCCCAACAGAUGACUUUGGAUAAACGAAAAGGUAGAAAAGGAGUGAGUUCAGGUUUGACCCAUGAAUGUGGAGUUUUUGGCUGCAUUGGCACCGGAGAAUGGCCCACCUCUUUGGAAAUAUCACAGAUCAUAUGUUGGGGACUUGUUGCUCUACAACACAGGGGACAAGAAUCUGCUGGGAUAGUAACUAGUGAAGGCCAAUGUGUGAAAUCUUUCAACAUCGUCAAAGGCAUGGGUAUGAUAAGCAAUAUAUUCAAUGAUGAAGCCAUAAGAAAACUAAAAGGCAAUGUUGGAAUUGGACACACCAGAUACUCAACAUCAGCUGCCAGCGAAGAAGUAAACUGUCAACCCUUCGUAGUACACACACAACACGGUGCUCUUGCUGUAGCACACAAUGGUGAAUUGGUGAACUGCGACAGUUUGAGGAAGAUGGUAUUAGAAAGAGGCGUUGGACUGUCAACACAUUCAGAUAGUGAACUGAUCACACAAGCACUAUGCCUAAAUCCACCAGAAGGUGAAUCCAAUGGACCAGAUUGGCCUGCUAGAAUAAAACACUUGAUGACACUUGCACCAUUAAGUUAUUCACUUGUAGUUAUGUUGAAAGACAAGAUAUAUGCAGUACGAGAUACGUAUGGAAACAGACCUUUAUGUUUAGGAAAAAUUCUGCCAUCUAAUGAGCCUCUAGACGGUGACUGUGAUGAAAGCAGAGAAGCUCUUGGUUGGGUAGUUUCCUCGGAAUCUUGUGGGUUCUUGUCAAUUGGGGCGCAAUAUGUUCGAGAGGUAUACCCUGGAGAAAUAAUAGAGAUGACUAGAGAAGGAAUAAAGACAAUUGACAUAGUUAAGAUGGAAGGCCUUAGGUCAUUAGCAUUUUGCAUCUUUGAAUAUGUGUAUUUUGCAAGAGGAGACAGUAUUUUCGAAGGCCAAAUGGUAUUUGCGGUUAGAAUGCAGUGUGGUAGGCAGCUGGCUAUUGAGCAUCCAGUUGAAGCAGAUAUUGUUAGUUCUGUACCGGAAUCAGGAAAUGCAGCAGCACAUGGGUUCUCUAGGCAGAGUGGCAUCAGGUUCGCUGAAGUACUAUGUAAAAAUAGAUAUGUAGGAAGAUCAUUCAUCCAACCAAGUAAUCGGUUGAGGCAGUUGAGUAUAGCAAAGAAAUUUGGUGCUUUGGCUGACAAUGUAAAAGGAAAACGCUUGAUACUCAUCGAUGAUUCCAUUGUUCGUGGUAAUACAAUUGGACCUAUCAUUAAAUUGUUGAAAAAUGCUGGAGCUAAAGAAGUACACGUAAGAAUUGCUAGUCCACCAUUAUUGUAUCCCUGCUACAUGGGAAUUAACAUACCAACCAGAGAAGAGUUAAUUGCAAAUAAAAUGAAUGCAGAAGAAUUAGCUAAACAUGUUGGUGCUGACAGUUUAGCCUAUUUGAGUGUCGAAGGACUUCUCAAGGCGGUCAGAUCAGACAUAAAAACAAAGAAUGGAGAAAUCAAAGUCGGACAUUGCACUGCCUGUCUUACAGGUGAAUAUCCUGGAGGAGUACCAAAUUUAUUGGACUGGUAACUUAUCAAAUGACUGAAAUGAGUUGAAUAAUCAAUUUAAUUUAUAAUUUUGAAAUUAAAUCUCAUACAUAUGUUGUGAAUAUUUAUUUUAAUUACGUUAUUUAGAAUUAAUUGUAACUAGAAUAUAAUUUGGAAAUUACCAUGAAUAAAUGAUCAAAACAUCAUA